AUGCGAAACCUCCUCGUAACACUCCUUUUGUGGUUCUUCGCAUGUCCUAUUUUCUCGAACGACAUUUCCUCACAGACUGAGUCCUCAUCGACUGCCGUAACGCUCGUUGCAGCCGAACAGGAGGGCAUUGUUGGUGGAACGAGUGACAGUAUAAAGGCAAGUGGAACCGAAAGUGGAGUUACCGAUUCGGCCACGUUAUGUAAACCCUGUAACAUAGUCGAGGGCGUUAUUAAUGAUCCGCCGUUAGAACAGACGCAGGAAACUUUGUUUACCUCUACUCCACCUUUACAGUCAUCUCUACCCGCUGUCGAGGACGUCCCGGAUGGCGAAGUAACAAGCGCACAGGUAGACUUCAGCACUCAGCUGACACCCGACCCCAGCUCAGAAGGAGAGCGUUAUUCACCUGCUCAGACGCCCUUAACUUCCACGACAGAGCAACCAGCUGACACGUCACACCCGUCCCCUGAGACGGCAAGAGGGGAAGUUGUUCAGAGUGAAACACCUCAGAAGUCGGAGCCAGAGAUUCCAGACAGUCUCCGAGACGUUUCUACUGAGGUGACGACAGCGCAGGGGAGUGAAACGGAGUCAACGUUCGCACUACUCGCCUCGACGCAGGGACUGACCACCGAACAGCCGGAGGGUGCUCUUUCUGUAGACGUUGCUGAAGAAAGGCCGCCGACCGUCGACAUUACUCAGACAACUGCUGAGGAACAUGUACCAACCACACUUGGGAGUUCUGUCGCUUCUACUGCUAUGGAUUUAGUGGUUGGGAGUACAACCCCACUGCUCCAUCCCGCAGUGUCCACUGUUCAAGAAGCUUCCGACAGAGUUAGCACCGAUGAACAGGCUAUUUUAACUCAGCCAACAACCCUCGUGCUAGCUCCGUUGUCAGAAGGCACUUCGGAGGCGCCUAAGACGACGACCUUGAGCGUAAGUUCGCGAUUGCACAGCAGUCUCACUCCUACCUCCGCGUUGGUCGAUACCGUGACUACCGUGCUUGUGGAUAACGUCACUACCACUGGUUUACCUGAGGGAUCUGACCCGCAGUUAUCUUUAUCCACAGAUGCGGACUCCUUGGUAUCACAGACAACGGCGUCAGUGUACUCCGUGGGACCUUUAACCCAACAACCUGUUACAAAAACUACGGACGGUCCUUCUCCUCUGCCCUAUACACAAGGAGUAACUGAAGGUGGUCCUUCAGAUGCGACGAUUCCUGAAGCGACUGGUCCUCCCGGUAGUCUGCAGAUGUCCGUCAUUAGCACUGGGACAGAUGAAGUGACCACAGACUACACCUCGAAACUGGCAACUGCCCCCCAUCCCACAACAGUUGCAAGCGAUUCUCUGCUAACCUAUACAGACGCCCCCACAACAGUGCAGGAAGUCGUGUAUUCCCAGUCAGCUGACACAAGUUCACCGCAUUCCGCAGCAUCUACGCCAACUCCAACAACACUUGAAAUGAUGCCUCCCUUGUCGACUACCAAAAAAGACUUCGAGGAGUCUCCAUCACUAGCAAUGACGCAUUCCAUUUUUAUGACAAGCACUAGUGCAAUGACAGAGUUGUUGCCAAGUAGUCCCGUGACUAAAACAGAGUCUUAUGUUUCUGGUACAUACGAGCAGACAUUAACGCCUACACCUGAGAGCAAAGUGACUGACCAAACUCCGCAAGACACGACUCAGCGGCCUUAUGUUUCGACUUCGGUACAGCCUCCGGAAAAGGACACGGGCACACCGAUUUUUAUUACUACUGCGGGUGUUCCUUCUGCGGGACCAGCCUUUCAGGAAAUGGGGAGUUUCAGCCAAUUCACAGAAAUAUUACAACCGACCAUGCUGAGUACGACGCCGAAAUUCCCGCAGGACACAACAUUUGUGCUGGGAGUUCAUGAGACGUUUACAAAGGGAUUAACGGUGGACGCUACUAUUGGGCAUACAGAAAUGCCAAGCAGUUCCGUAACUACAGGACCCGGUUCUGAAUCUCCUACGGGAGGCUCCGAUGCGGAGCGUAGCACGAAAUUGGAGCCUCCUUUACCUACAACUCAAAGUAUUUCGACAUUCAGCCCCGAAUCAACUACUAUGGGCAUGACAUCUUCAAUCCCAAAAGUAACGGUGGACUUUACUACUGGGUAUACAGAAAUGCCAAGCAGUUCCGUAACCUCAGAACCCGGUUCUGAAUCUCCUACGGAAGGCUCCGAUGCGGAGCGUAGCACAAUCCCGGAACCUUUUUUACCCGCAACUCCAAUUACUUCGACUUUCAGUUCCGAACCAACUACUAUGGGUAUGACAUCUUCAAUCCCAAUAGUGCCUUCAUUUUCAAGCCCCGGCAGUGCGACCGACAAUUUGACACAAGUCAUCAGUUCUUCUUCCGUCACUGAAAUGCCUGUUUCAGUAACGCCCCCGGGAGUCACACUGCCGCCGAGUGUAAAGACACAACUCACGGUGACAUACACUAGUGUUCCACUCUCUACAGUCUCUCUGUCACAGUCAGAUACCACAUCGCUCACUGCAUCGUCCGAAACAGUAUUUAUGACAUCCACUGCUGACAAAGAAACAAUAUCCGAUACAUCGGCUUCCUUGAUGCUGACGACGGUUUCGCCGGCUUUCCCAGUGUCCCAAAGUGCUAUUAGUGAGACAACCUUAAAACCCACGGACAUCUCCUCACAAGCUGUCGAUUCUUCACCAAGCUCAUCUAUUGGACCAAGCUUUUUGUCCUCCACAGUGAUCCCAAUCACAUCUGCAACGGUUACGUCAACUGUUGCAGUUACCGCGGUAGAACAACAAAGGAGUUCCACUUCGGUUACUCCUCCAAGCGCCUCCCAGUCGGUAGAGCCGCAAAUGAUCAGCGGAACCCCUACAACAUCUCCAACCCUCUCCACAGUAAAACCCACUGAAACUGCUGUGUUUACGUCGGUCUCUAAAACAUCCAUAAUAGCAACUGAAGUAACUACGAGUGCCAUCGGGGCUGAGAUUACAGUUGUUUCCCAGAUAUCUCAGACCCCUGAUGGCGCUGAAGAAGUACAUACGGCUCAUAAUGCUCUGCCAACUUCCGCAGCUCCUGCGACUGAGCAAGGAAUUAUGACCGAAGUAACUUCAAUCGUAACUAUGAAGACAGAGCCCGCAGGGAGUGUAGGCCCAACAGAAGGACUAACACAAAUGGUGGAAACCUCCUCGUCAACCACUGCGCCCAUUCCUCAACCACCUACUUCCACAGACACCUCUGAAAUCACCUCGACCGACCGCCUAUACCCCUCUGUUGCACCGGCCAUUUCCAGAGGCUUAAGCAUAGCCUCUGCGGUAUCAAUGGGUCUUAUAAUCAUCUUUGUCAGUAUCCUCCUCUGCGUUUUCGCAGUCUCCGCGGUAGGCGGCUGGUUAGAGUAUCGUAAGAGGAAGCGGAGCCGGCGACCCCCGGCGGUCAACCUAGUGCGAGUGGAGCGCGGAGGUUCAGAGGACUUUACUGAAGGCUGGACCAAGGGCAAGCGACAGCAGCAGCAGCAGCAGGCCUGGAUGACAUGCGAGUCUGCUGCUCUCAAACCACACACCUCCGCAGCACGACAGGAGCCCCUCGGCAAGUUGGCGCGCCAAUGCAGCUGCAAGCGACGACGUCUUCUCUUCCCCGGCAGACAUCACAGCCUCUGUAUGCUGCACAGCGAAGUCAAGCCGACUGAGGAACCGCGGGCUCUGCGCGUGAUCUCCCUCAGUGACGAGGACGAGGAGGCCAUCAGCUCUGAAUCGAUGCUGCUCUCCGGUAUCGGUCGUAGGCGAGUGAGUGGGGCCUCGGAGGCGGCACUCGCUGAGGAACAGGCGAAUGAGAAGAAGUCGACGGGCAAAAAUUCUCCCAUAGUCGAGACGGAAGACGGUGAUACGGGCGAUAGCAAAACGAAGUGGCUUUUCAUCGAUGAGGUCUAG